AUGAACUUGUUAAUAGUAUUAAGUAUCUUAGGCCUUUUGCCCCUGGCAUUUGGCGACAGUUCUACUAAAAAAAAUUCAGGGUACGAAAGUUACUUAAUGGAUGAUUUCUGCGUGGAAAUGAAUAUCCAUGUCCUCGUGAGUGCAGAAGAAAGGUAUGAUAGGCAAUAUAGCUAUUUGUUAGCUCGAAGAAUUGCAAACAUAGCGUUUAAUCUGGAGAACACUUGGAAUUAUUUUUCAUAUUCCUUUUUUGAUGAUAAAAUAUUGUAUACAGAUAUGAGACGAAUGGGAUAUGAAUAUGACAUGUUAGAAACAUUAACGAGAUUUCAGAAAGAUCACAAACAAUAUAGUAUUACAGAAUAUAAGCAUUCAAAUGUAUUUGCAUCCUUGAAGGAGUAUUACGAAGAGUAUAUAUUAAAUAAUCCCCAAAUGAAUUUUUCCAAAAAUGUUAUAAUUAUUAGUAAAUUUUUUGGAGAACAGGAACUUUCGGAAUAUUCUGAAGAAUUUAUAAAUUAUAUAAGAGACAUUAGAAGUAAAAAAUUGGGGAUUUUUUUUUACUCAGACAAUUCUGAGAAAUCCAGGGAGCGCACUUUUCAGAUUUCUGAAAUGAGUUAUCAUAAAUCAUCCAACGCUCCUUUAGCAUAUUUCUUUGGUAACGAUGUUGAUAUUGCUGCUACUGUCAGUGUAGAAAGAUUUUGCUAUGCUUUGGAAUAUGGUGGAACUUGUGCAAGGUAUAACGAUUGGUCUGAUUGGAGUGGUCCUUGUGAAUUUAGAAAAAGACAGAGAACCACUCCCAUAAAAGUUACCCUUGAACCUUAUAUCAUUAAUAAGGAUCACUACGUUGCUCAUUGUAGAAGCCUUUUCAACUAUGAAGUAAUAAUCAGGGAGGAUUAUAGACGCGAGUGUACUAACGAAAUAUACGAAUGCAGAGGAAUCUGUGAUGAAGGCUAUAUGUUCAAACCGCGCGUUGUAGAGCACGAAAUAUUGGAAAAAUAUGUCUCAUGUAAUGAUUUGCCAGUUUGCACACAUGAGCAAAGGCUAAAAAAUCACCAUAGAAUAUAUAAGGAAUUAACAAAAAUGCUCAAUAGUUAUGCAGAAGAUCUGCGUGAUGAAGAAAUACUGGAACGGAAGCAAAUGAACAAACCAUAUAAAGGGGAAAUUGGCGAAGAGGGUGCUAUGCCACGAAUUGUGAAAGAAGCAGGUGAACAACUAAAAGAAAAAACACGCUCGAUGAUAGAAAGACAACACCUUCUUAUUAAAAAUCACAAACUUUUGCUUCAGCAUAUAGACCAGGGAGAUGAGGUAAAUAUCAUCGACAAUUUUGGAAAGUUCACCAUUGUGAAGAAACCCGCUCUGGAUACGAGCAAGAUGGAGGUAGAUAGAAAUGAUCACGCAAGUUCUAAUGCUGCUACUGUAGGUGAGGGUACCUCUAAUAAGGAAAAUGAAAAGGAUCAAAGCGACAGUAAUACCGUAGAAACUGCAAAUGCGGACAUUGCAGGAAAAAUUGAUGGGAAGAAAGCGGCGGAAGGGGGAAAAAUGGAGAAUGGGAAAGGGGAUGACGAAAAUGCUAAAGAGAGCAUUAACCAAGAAACUAGUCUCAAUUCUGAGAAGGAGAAAAAUAUGCAGAAUGAAGAAGAACAAGAGGAAGAGAAAAUUGUGCAAGAAAUCCUCAAAGACAAUAAUCUUGACAAAUCAGAUGAAAUGGCAAAGGUGCAUACUAUUGACACUGUGGCAACAGAUGGGAGUACUGUGGAAAUUGAUUCACCGCGUUUGUCAAACGGGGCCAAUUUGCCUAAUGUGGAAGCUGCAGAAUCUACCAUUAUUGAACCUAUAAUCAUAGAACAAAAUGACAACAUAAAAUCUCAAAUUGGUGGUGGUAAAAAUUACGAGGUAAAUUCAAAUGAUUAUGUUACAUCUGAUAACGCUGGUAAUGCAAUAUAUAGGGGCCCCAUGGAAGACGCAUCUCAGGGACAUUCUGGAGGUUACCAUAAUAAUUCACCCGUUUAUAAAAACACACAUAAUGUUAGAGACGAAUUGACUGAUAAGCGUGAGCAAGAAUUACAUGAGGAAAGUGCUGCCCAGAGAAGGAGAAGCGAAACGGGUUCUGAUGUUGAAAGUAUGGAAGAUAAAAUAACUCAUGUGAUAAAAGACGUGGAAGGAGCAGGAACUGAGCGUACAGUUGCACCAAAGGAAAGUGCACAGAAGGAAAUAACGAAACAUGGUGGUGUUGAAGAAAGCGCUAACGAGCGAUCAGGCGAAGGUGCCAAUGAACAAUCAGAUGAACGCGCCAAAGAGCAAUCAGACGAACGUGCCAAUGAACAAUCAGAUGAACGCGCCAACGAGCGAUCAGACGAAUACGUGAGGGAAGAAGCGAAUAAAAUCAGCAAUAACAACGAUGAAGCUACGACAAGAACUUAUCAAGUAGGAGUAAAAACGGAAAUGACUACACACCAGGGAGGAGAAAGAGGGGAAGACAAUACGAGAUAUGCUGGAAAGGAAGGAAAUAUAAAUGAUGAGGGAGUGGUAGCGGGACAGUCACAACAUAAACAAACUAAGGAGGUAGACUUAAAUGGGCAAGUGGGAGAUAACGGUGGAGAAGAACAUAAACGUGGGAACCAUGACAAAUCGCUAGGAGAUUUCUUAAUUAUGAACCACAUUCCGAAUGGCUCGAAGGAACAGUAUGAACUGCCAGAACUGGAAAGUGAGAGAAAAAAAUCAAAUGAACACACAACAGAAUUGCAUGGUGAGAAUUAUGGACGAAUUAGUGGACAUGAUAAACAAACACAUGAUACGGAUGGAGACAUAGAAACAACUACACAAUCCCAUGCUGUACAUGAAAUGGAAGAAAAGUCAGAAGAGAAUAAUCAUUUGGUAGAAUCCGCCAUUCCAGAUGGAACAAAAACAGAGGAACAUCACAUAGCGAGUCAUAGCACGGAUGGGAAUAUUUUACAAGGAGAAGGAAUAAGAGCAGAUGCGUUGCACAACGAAGGACAAAGUAAAUACCAAUUUCAGGGCAAAGAGGAAAGCGAGCACCAAAGUAAACAAGCAAAGAAGGAAGGAGAAGAUGGAAAUUCUGCCAACGUAUCCAAGAACCACCUAGUUAAUGCGGAUGAGACGAGUCACAUAUCCAGUAGAACAAUUAGCGAGCACAGAAAUCUGGAAGAAGAUAAUGAAGGGAAAGAUUUUAUGCGUGUUCAAACAGGCAAGGAACAUUUAGUCAUUGGAAAUAAUGGGGUGGGUAAUCACAAAGUGUCAAGUGAAUUUACAGGAGGAGAAAUAAUAUCAGGUGAUGAUACAGAAAGAGGAAAAGUACCUGAGGAAGAAGUAAAUGAAAAUCAAAAACCCUAUAAAGACAUAAGAGAACAUGUAGGACAAACUGAUAUGAACGAUAUUCAUCCAGCAGGUAAGAACGAUGAAGAAAGCAUUGUGGAAGAUAGUAAUAUGAAUGAUCCAGAAGAAUUAGAAGAAAGGCUGAUAGAAAACAGAAUUAUAAAUCAUAACUUUGGAGAACAUGCGGAUGCACAUAAUGGUGAAGAGGUAGAUGAAGUACCAAUCGAAAGGGAACAGGAAGAGCAAAUAACUAGGGGACAUACUGAAGGAGAAGAAUUAUCUGGUAAUCACCCAAUACACAAUCAAGCAAAAGAAGAAAUUGAGGAAGAACGUAGAACAUCCAAAGAACAUGUGGCGGAAGAAUUGGGGAUAAAUCAUGUCCACAAGGAACAGGAUGUACAGGAAGAAUCUGUAAAGGGAAAAAAAAAAGAGGAUAAAACAAGUCUCGGUGGAACAGAAUUAGGGGAAUCAUCCAAAAGUGAUAAUUUGGUGGAUGAAACAGAAGGAAGAAACGAGUUAACCGACGAAGUUGCUCCAACGCAUGUAGUAACAAAUGAUGCGGAUAAAGUGAAAGGGCAUCAUUUAGUGAAUCCAAUUGUGAGAGAACAUUUAAACGAUGUUGAAAGAGGAGAGGCAAUACUGGGUGAAGCUGCUCGUGAACGUGAAUUCCUGGAUGAAAUUGCAGAUGAUCAAAAAGCUGAGGAUAAAAGUAAGGAUGAAGAUGUACAUGGAAGUGCAAAUGUAGCUGAAAGCAUAGAUGUAGAUACUCAUAAAGAAAUAGAGAAAAACAAAGACAUGGGUGAAAAUAAGCAGGAAAGUAACGAUAUAAGUGUUAUCACUGAUGUGGUUAAAACGAAAGAUGCAGAAAAAGACAAAACCAACGGAGAAAGGAAGGAAGUAGCUGAAAUUAAAGGAGACCAUAUGGAUAUAGUUGCCGAUAUAAAUGAAGGGAAACAUGAAGUCGUUGACGAAAGUGAUCGUAACGAUGUAGACAAAUAUGCAGACAUAGGUGAAAGAAUGAAUGUAGUUCAAAGUGAAGAUGAGGGUGAACCUAAAAUCACAAAAAACACUGGUGAUAGUGCAGAUGCAACUGAAGAUACUAGUAAACAUGACGGCAUUAUAGGAAAAGGGGAAAUAGGCGAACGUACAGACGUGGAUGAGCACAUAGAUAUAGGUGAACAUACAGAAAUGGGCGAACAUAAAAAAGAAGGAGAGCAGGACGAAGUGGGUAAUUAUGACGAAGUAGCUGAAGUUGAAGGCGUCAAAAGUGAACACAUCAAGGGGAGCACGGAAGAAGGUGAGACCAUGAAGGAUACACCUAUCGAUUCAUCCCGUGAGAGCAAAGGGACGGAGAAAAGCGAAGGUUUUGAUAUAAACCAGAAUCUGCAUGAAGAUAUCGUGAACCCCAUUGAUGGAAUAGUGGGGGAAGAGGCAAAGAAAGAAGAACUGGAAGGCGCUAAUACACAUUCUGCACACAACAAAAAGGGGGAAAUUACUCCAAAGGAACAUGAAGUAGUAGACAAUUUAGAUCGAAAUGGUGAAAAUCAAGAAAAAGUGGAAGAUAAAAAUGAACAAAAUUUAGAUUAUAGAAUAGAUGAUGAGAAAAAGGCAAACAUAUCACCGCAUGUACAAACUGAAGUCAGUAAAGAAAAAAAUGAACAAGUGAAUGAAGAAGUAGAAGACAUAUCAACAACAAAUGGCAAACAAGAAUCAACUGGUAAAGUUUCAAGUGCAACCAAAAUAGACACAGAUUUUACAAUUACACAAAAGAAAACUAGUAUACUGCCAGAAGAAGAAUCGGAAAAAAUUGAAUCAAAGAAAGAAAAAAUUGACACAAAAAAUAUAAACGAAAUAAUUGAUAAUGUAGUAAAUACAUAUGAUAGUAAAAGAACGAAUAGUGAAAAACAAGAUUUUGUUAGAGAAAAAUUAGGCAUCCUUGAAGAUUUUGUGGAAAGUACCAAACAAGUGGAAGGGGGGGAAAAUGAAAACCCAUACAAGUACUACUCAGAUAUCAAAACUGUCCAUAAGGUAUUUUAUAAAAAAGAUUCCCAAGGAAAAUUAGAAAAUGACAAAUAUCUUAUUGUUGGUCAGAAUAAUUUUAUCAUAGAUUCGGAUGAUACCAAAAUGCCCUUUCCCCCAAAUAUGUACAAGAGGGUUAGUGAAAUCCUCAAGGACCAGAUUCAAAAGGACGUAAUGAACACGUUGAAUGCGGAUGAGGAGGCUAGAGACGAGGCCACCGAGGGACAAGAAAACGGGGACGGGGACGGAAAUGAUAGCGCACAUGAAAACGGAAGUGGGAACGAAGGUGGAGACGAAAAUGGGAAUCAAGACGGACGCAGGGAAAGCAAAUUCCAAAACAGCAAAACAUUCAUGUACGGAAGCGCAACCGUCUUCGGUGGUGCAGUUGUAAUUAUUGUGUCCAUGUAUAUUUACAGAUAUGCACAGAACUACGGAUUCACGAAAAAGGACAACACAAAUAACAUCGAAUACGUGUUUACAUCGGACGUUCCGAUGAACGAAGAUAAGGGCCAAGACAUAGCGUGCGGACAAAGUGCCUAUUUUGAGGAAGGCUGGUCGUAG